AUGUCGUCCACAUCUCUGCUACCUAUCAAUGGAGGCCACCUUCUCUUCACUCAAGGCUCAUCCUUUCCCAAUUACCAUCCUUCUGCAACUCUCUACAAGUGGGGAUGGAGAAGACAACAAGGUGGAAAUGUAGUUGCUUACAGAACCAAUGGCCAUGCUCUUCAAAUUUUGUCCAAUCCUAAUGUCUCUUCAAAGAAAAGAGACUCAAGUAAUGAAGUGAUCAUGGUUGAUCCUUUGGAAGCCAAGCGGUUGGCUGCCAAGCAAAUGGAAGAAAUCAAAGCAAAAGAGAAGUACAAGAGAAAACGUCAAAUAGAAGCAAUUAAUGGUGCAUGGGCAAUGAUUGGUCUUACUGCAGGCUUGGUUAUUGAAGCUCAAACUGGAAAAAGCAUUCUGGACCAGCUGGUUGGCUACUGGAAUGCUAUUGUCAACAUCUUCAUGCCACAGUGA